CCGGCAGAGUGGCAAGCAAUCGGCAGCAUGAAGCGGGAGCUCGAUCGGCCCGAUGACGCCCCGCCCGCCAAGCGCGCCAAGGACGGAAGCCGGCGCAUCCAGUUCGCCGACGUGUCGGUCGUCCUCUUUGAUGAAGCGCUGCCUGUCGUCUCCCGCUUCGGUGGCUACCGCGUCCCGACGUCGCCGACGCAGCACGCUCGCCACGAGGCCUUGGAACGCGACGUCCGCGCGCUCGACGCAUCGACCUCGCUGGCGCACGUUCAUGCCGAGGAGCUCCGCGAGACGAUCCGGCAUGUCGGCCUCGGUAUCGACCCGGUGUGCGGCUGCGACGACGUGGCCGCACUGCAAGCCCAGCUCGAACUGCUGCAGGACGCCCGACUCGAAGCGACGAUCGCCUUUGGCGACGUCGACUGCAGCGAUGCGGUCUCUGGUUCUCGCUUCUUCCAGGGCAAGGAGCUCCUCACGGGCCACAUUGGCAGCGGCUACGUCUUUGGCCACCGCUUCGUGACGCUCGACCAGUACAUCAUGACGAUGGAAGACAUUGAGAUCGCAUCCUUCCUCAAGUCGCAUGACCGCGCUGUGCCAGCGUUCCAGCUCCCAACAAAGGCAGAGAAGAAGACCAAGGUCGACCCGACGCAGCUGACCUCGAUGCACUUUAUGAACCAAGGCAAGCCGCUGGACGCGCUUGCGCUCGACGAACUCCAGCUCGAGUGCACGAUCCGUGGCAUGUUUGAUCUCGCGUCCCGCAAGCGCAUGAAGAAGAAGCUUCUCAUCCAGAAGCUGCGGCCUAUCUUCGAAGACGAGUAUCAUAUGCGCAUGGCCGAGCAGCGUCAGCGCACGGCCAUGGAGGACGCCGCUUUGGAGAUCCUCGACGCUGCGAGUACCGCCAAGAUGCGCGCGUGCCUGCGUCGUGCCUUGACCAAGCGCUUGUCGUCGCCGGUGCACGUUGAGAGCAUCGAGAGCGCCGAUGCGACGCCUGCAACGCUCUCGGCGUUGUUCAAGCUCGUGGUCGCGCAGCACCUCGAUGGUCUCCAUGACUGGGCGUGCUCGGUGCCUCUGCCUAUGCGCGAGGCGACCCCUUUGCUUGAGAACGACCAGGUGUCUACGGCGGAGGAAGCAUCGAUCGUGCCUCCUCCGUGCUCGUCGGAGACGACGACAUCAGAGCAGCUCGAGACCAGCGAGCAAGCCGGCAACGGCAGCGUGCGUGGAGUGCGUCUCGCCGCCUGUUGAAGAGGUGCCCGUCGCCAAUUGUGCCAACGCAUAAAUAGAUGACGUUCGUCGACG